AUGAGCAAUCCUAGACACACGCCGAACGAAGACAAACAAAGUCUCGUCCAAGAUGAGGAACCGGCACCGGCAACAGGCAAUGCAGAUGUUUUUGUCGACUCGACCGCCCUCGUCAACGACGGACGGAUUAUACGCAUCUUCUCGGUUCUGCAAUCAAGCUCGCCAAAGUUGACCAAGGCAUGGCUGUGGGUUCUUGCGACGGCGGCAUUUUGUGGCUGGACUGUUUCUUUCGCGUAUGCUGUCUUCAUCAGUCCCAGUCCCGUCUGGCGUUUCUACGACUUUUCGCCCAGAAUCACCGUUGCUGUGGUCAAUUUUGCCUCUCAUCUGGCUGUGUAUUUGGCUGGAUGCAUGAUCCAAGCGACCUUCGACGCUGUUUGUUGGGCGGUGAUAUCUGGUGGGCGAGGAGCUCCUCUCAGGACAUUUCUGGUCACGAAACAAGAUGCGGGAUUAGAAAGUGUGGCUUCGCUGCUCUGGACAUAUGGAGGACACCAGCUGUGGGGGAUUCUCAGGCUCGCUCUCAUGGUCGGCGGCUGGGUGAUCGGCCUGCCACUUCUCAGUGGCAUAUCCUAUAGAGACGUCUUCUACCCCAGCCAAACGGUCCCUGUGGUUGGCGGGAUUGCCCCUCUCCGCGUGUCGGUCGAAGCGCUGGAAAAGGCCAGCUACGGUGGCCAACAGCCCACCUUCCAAGAAGCAAGCAUAAACACAAUGCUUAUCAGCUCGACGAACAGCAUCCUCACUGAUCCCAAAUUUGUUGUCAGCGUUGCUCCGAUAUCUCCAGAUUGCCGUGGGGCUGAUUGCAAGUCUUUGUUCCUGCCUGGAGGUUUGGAACUUGUCCUCAGGGCUGAUGGGACGUCUCUAUUUGACGGGAACCAGCCCGAUGACCCGGUCAUCAUUGUCCACGACGCCCCGGGAUAUCAAAUAGAGUUCUCGCCCCAGAACUAUACCUUCAAGACGGAUGUGGACUGUCAGAUCUAUGGACUGCCCAUUUCAGCCCUUUAUGCGUGUGUGGCGGGUCGCAACGACACGGUAUUCAGUGGCUUUGCAAUCUGCCCUUUUGACUUGAUGAGCAACGGCGCCUGUCAAUCUGAUGUAUCAUGGACAGAGCACCUCCAGGCAUCUGUCGCCAUGAACAUCUACCAGCGCACGUCGACCGUCGCAUACGAUCGGGCCAACUUUUCGAUUCUGGGUAUCGAAUCAUUGGGAACUGCGACGGUGGCAAGUGACGAAGAAUCGGUGGCCGACUUGCAAAAGCUUUUCCUCAUCAUGUACCCUCAAUUAACCACCAUCCUUCAGGACAUUGAAACGGCCCUGGUAGAGUUCAACUCAGGUCAAGCAUGGUCAGAUCUUGCCUACCUCGCCUCAGUGUACUGCCUCCAGGCUGAAAUCACUGCGGCUGAGCUUUUUCUCAACAAUAGCUACCCAAGCUGGGUCAAUGGCCAACGAGAUAUUUUGGAAGGCGUCCUCACAAUUCCCAUCCAGUUCGGGACACUGCUGUUGCAAGAGAUCGACAAGUCAAUCCUCCUUAACGACUUGACCACGACGGCAUCUUUCGCCCACGUAUCCUUCCGCGUGAGAUCGGAACCCUGGACCAUCGUCAUGUUCACGUGCGUGGUGUCCGGCCUCGUGAUCAGUUCGAUCUUGUGCUUGCUGUACGCUCACUGGGCGGCACGGCUGAAGCCUGCGCGUGAGAUCUCCCCGACCAUUCGCACAGCAUUCGAAAAUGGAGACCCCUUUGAGGCGCCGCCCGCAAGUACCUGGCAGCUUCUCAGUAAUCUCUUCUGCUGUUCUCAGAGGAAGUACUCAUCUGCGCUACAAAGCACCAGGUGUGAACAAGACACAUAUGUCGUUGCACGGAAGGUCACCGACGAGCUUCUGAUAGCCGUCGAUCGAGAGCAAGACAAGCAAGAAUCAGACAGUAUUGUGACAGUCAAUGAGAAAAGGGCCCUCGGGCCGUCGGCUGGUUGA